AUGGCGCGUGUUGGGAGAGGCCUACGUCCAGCAGUGGACUGCUAUAGGCUAAGUGAUAAUGAUGAUGAUGAAGGAGUGAUUUUGAAUAUGCUUUUUUUAUGUUUUGCAGCUGUAAGAACUAUAGUGGAUAAAUUAGAAAAGGUUCGUCCUAUUCAAGAUAAGACGGCUACACCAAAAUCUUGCUGGCGGCAACAGAUGAAUUCAUUGUGUAAUGCUGCACACUCACUCAUAGAAGUUGUAUUUGCUGAUGCUGUUGAUAUUUACAGAAGUAAUGCUAAGCCUCCAGAGAUUCAGUCGAAUUCUCCGUUAUCAUCUGUCUUAGCAAACAUUGUGAAGAAGUCCCAAGAUAAAGACAGAUCUCAAUUAAUGAUGACAAGACUGAAAAACAUAUUCACAUUCAUACAGGCUAUGUUGGUAGAAAUAUAUCCUGUACCGAAACCGAUCCAACCUCGUACUAUACUAGAUGUGAUAGUGAGGUCUCUCAGUGUGAGCAGUCAACAUGUCUCUUUAGAUGUUUCAUCUGUUAAAAUACAGGCCUUGAAGACAUUGGACGCUAUGAUUCUUCUGGGAUCAAACUUGAUACCAUAUUCACCUCUAGUCUUUAGACUUGUGACACAAACAUUGAGAUGGACCUCGGACAACAUGAGCAAAACUACUAGCAAAGUUCGUUGCACAGCAUACAGUACGUUAAGCAAGUGGCUUCUAACAUUACACAUUUAUAAGAUGCCCGAUAAGUGUACUUGGGAAGAUGAUCUGACGGCACAUGUCAUGAGAGAUGUGACUCCCGUGAAGAAAGUGGUAGAACUUACGAUGGGGCCACAACCAACUAAGAAUUUAAGCAAAAAAGCCAAAAGGAAAUUAGCGAAUUCUCAACUCUUACAAAGUUCAAUUGCCGCUCACAUGCCCGGAGAGAAAAAUAAAAUUGAUAUUCCAGAGGAAAUAAACAAUGAGGUUAUGGUAUCAGCCUUACAGUUUGCAGAAAUUUUCUUAACUGUGUGUGGAAGAUUCCUCAAACCGGCAACACAUAAGUUAUUCCAAGAGCGUGUCAUCCGUUAUUACUCUACAGGUGAAACAUUAUUAUACUUGCGAGUGUUGGAAGCUACUCGCAAGACAACACCCACAAACGUCGUUCCACCGACACAGUACUGUCUUCAUAUAUAUAGUACACUUUUAAAUAGUUCCAAUACUGAGAUAUCAAAAUUCUGUAGUCAAGCUCUAUUAGAUAUAAGACUGCACUUACAUUGCUCUCCGCCGUCCAUCAACCUCGCUAUAGAAAUAAAUCAAGAAAAAGAGGAAACUGUUAACAAAAGAAAGAAGGUUUCGUCCAAAAACAGGGCCAUGUUAGAAUAUUUAUUAGGGCCGGAUAAAGUACCCCAAGACAAAGAAGACGAUAUCAUAUCGAUUCCAGAUGAACCGUCAAAUAAAAAACAACGUGUGGAAGAAUUAGAUAGAAUAAGUUUAAGCAGUGAUUCUGCAAGCACAGUUAAAUUACCGUAUGAAACAGACAUCAGUUCAGACUCAGAUGGUGAUAACGUUAUGGAGGUCGAUGUAGUUGUGGAAAUGAAUCACACUACAGACAGAGAAAAAGAUUUAGAACAUACUAAUGUUCCAAAGAAAUCCAUAAACAAUGAUGAAAAGCAAUCAGAUGAUCAAAUAAGUCUAAUAACAAAUGAUGCGAACAAACAAGCAGACAUAGAUUCUAAUACAAAUAUUUCUGAUGGCAUAUAUGAAGCACCAACACAAUUGAACACAUCAAGUGAUAUCCCAGAAAUAGCAUACAACUAUCCAGAUACAGGAACUAGUAAAGUUACAAUCUUAGAGAAGAUUGAAGAUGAAAAUAUACCAAGCACCAACGAUACAGACGAUGAUGCGAUAACUUGUGGACAAAUUGUGCCAAGUUCACAAGAAACUGUUAACGGAAUUAAUGAUAAUGAAGUCAAUGGUGUUGAUAAAAUUAAUGAGGAAAUUGAAGUGAAUAUUAUUACUAAAGAUAUAAAUAAAGGGGAAGAUCUUGCUACCAAAAUAGAUGGAACCAGUGUAGAAGAUAUGAUGGCAGACUUUGUUGAUGAAGUAAAUUGA